AUGGCAGUGGCUAAGCUUGUUGCUAUGGGUUCCAACACAAAUGCUGUUCGAUCAUAUGACGUGCAAGGAACUUCCUAUGAUCCUUUUGAUGGGAAGAUACUGAACUGGCCUGUGGGUCAAUUAGAUUCUAACCUUCAAAUGAUUGCAAAGAUUGCAGCUAUUUGCAAUGAUGCCGAUGUGGAAAAGGCUGGGCAAGAUAAAUCCGGACAUUACGUAGCACAUGGAAUGCCGACUGAGGCUGCACUUAAGUUUGUGGCAUGUAUAUCAACGCAUUAUUUCUUAUGGCAUACCAAGUUAGGCUAUUUAGUAGUUGCUGGAAAUUAUAGUACCUUUGCAAGUUCUUCUCAGUAUCAUGAACUAAUAGUUCUGGUUGAGAACAUGGUUUUGCUAUGUUUGGUUUCUGUACUCAUGUGCAAUUUUUAUACGGUUAUCGCAGCUUGUGCCUACACAUGGAAUAAAAUUGAACAGCGGAUUGCCACCCUUGAGUUUGAUCGUGAUCGAAAAUCCAUGGGAGUCAUUGUGAGUUCUAGCACUGGAAACAAGUUACUCGUUAAGGGUGCAGUUGAGUCAUUGUUGGAUAGAAGUUCCCAUGUGCAAUUGCUUGAUGGCUCAGUUGUAGAACUAGAUCAAAGUUUAAGGGCAGUUAUAUUGGAAAGCCUUCACAAACUGUCAAGCAAUGCGUUACGAGUUCUGGGUUUUGCAUACAAGGACGAUUUACCAGAAUUUGCUACAUAUGAUGGUGAUGAAGACCAUCCAGCUCACAAGCUCUUAUUGAAACCUGAAACUUAUUCUUCAAUUGAGAGCAAUUUAGUUUUUGUUGGCCUGGCUGGUUUAAGGGAUCCUCCUCGGAAAGAAGUCCCUCGGGCAAUUGAGGAUUGCAGAACAGCUGGCAUUCGAGUUAUGGUAAUCACAGGAGAUAACAAAGCCACAGCUGAAGCAAUUUGUCGUGACAUAGGUGUUUUCGGACGCCAUGAAAAUAUCAGUUCAAGGAGCUUGACGGGAAAAGAGUUCAUGGAACUCUCCAGACAGGACAAAGAAAAUUAUUUAAAUCAGGAUGGAGGGCUUCUUUUCUCAAGGGCUGAACCAAGGCACAAACAGGAAAUCGUGAGGCUGCUCAAGGAUUCUGGUGAAGUGGUAGCAAUGACUGGGGACGGAGUGAACGAUGCACCCGCCCUGAAGUUGGCCGACAUUGGGAUUGCGAUGGGCAUUGCAGGGACAGAGGUUGCAAAGGAAGCUUCUGACAUGGUUUUGGCCGAUGACAAUUUCAGCACAAUUGUUUCUGCUGUUGGUGAAGGCAGAUCCAUUUACAACAACAUGAAGGCCUUCAUCAGAUACAUGAUCUCCUCAAACAUUGGCGAGGUUGCCUGCAUAUUUCUGACCGCUGCUUUAGGCAUUCCAGAAGGUUUGAUUCCGGUACAGCUUCUGUGGGUUAACUUGGUAACCGAUGGACCACCAGCUACUGCUUUGGGAUUCAAUCCACCGGACAAGGAUAUCAUGAAGAAACCACCUCGAAGAAGUGACGACUCAUUGAUCAGUCCAUGGAUUUUAUUCCGUUACUUGGUUAUUGGAGCUUACGUUGGUAUUGCAACAGUGGGAAUAUUCAUUAUCUGGUACACUCGCUCGUCUUUCCUAGGCAUUGACCUCAGUGGAGAUGGCCACAGCCUCGUGACAUACUCACAGCUCGCUAACUGGGGACAGUGCUCAACGUGGAACAAUUUUACCGCUUCGCCCUUCACGGCCGGGAAUCAAGAAAUCAAAUUCGACAAUCCGUGCGACUAUUUCCAGACAGGAAAAAUCAAAGCCAUGACUCUGUCACUCUCUGUACUUGUGGCCAUCGAGAUGUUCAAUUCGCUGAAUGCACUGUCUGAAGAUGGAAGCCUUUUGACCAUGCCUCCAUGGGUCAACCCAUGGCUUCUUCUGGCAAUGUCGAUCUCGUUCGGGCUGCACUUCUUGAUUCUAUAUGUGCCUUUUCUUGCUCAAAUAUUCGGCAUUGUGCCUCUUAGCCUGAACGAGUGGCUGUUGGUAUUGGCUGUGGCUUUGCCCGUGAUUUUGAUCGAUGAGGUACUCAAGUUUGUGGGCAGAUGUACGAGUGGGAUGCGUUCAUCGAGUUCGAAAAGGUCUUUGAAGCACAAGGAAGAGUGAAGAAGACGAAGAUAGAAUGUUGGAAUUGUUUGUGAAUGCACCACCAGUCAAAAUGGUGGUACAUCUAUUUAUUCCAUUCUCGAUACUUUAAUAUAGAUAUAGAAGAUUAUGUUGGACUUGGAACGUUCGAGAGCAUUUAAUAUUUAGGAUUUGUUUAGUGAGUUGGUUAUGGGUAGUUUUGUUCUAACCCCCCCAAUUGUUUGCCUGAUAAUUUGUAUCAAAACUUGUUUAACAUUUAAGUAAAAUUUUGGAGAAACUCUUUUAUAUUGUU